UUUUAUUUUAUAUUUUAUCUUCGCUUGAGCUUCUGAAUUCAUCUGCUAUAGCCAAUAAUUUUCCUACGCUUAAAAUGAAAAUCGGUGCUUUGUUAGUCAUUUUAUUUAUAAUAUGUUUGAUACAGUGUUCAGAAUUAAGACGGAGCAAAGGAAAAAAUCGUCCUCGUCCACCCAAAAUCACUCGUCUACCCAAAACAACUCGACCCAAAACCACUCGUCCACCCAAAGUCACUCACUCAGUAAGCCCGCAUUCAAUAAGAAAAGAUUCUCGGCAGAACGAGAUAAAUAUUGUUAUUAAUGAUCCACGCCCUUAUGAUCCUAAUGUACAGACAUUUCCGGAAGCUGGUGAAAUAAAAGAAGAAAGUUCGAAAUUUCAGUCUACUAUUGACGAUAACAAUGAAUCAGGAGAAGAAGAACAAUCGGUUGAUAAAGAACAAUCUGAUGAUGAAGAACAACCGGAUUAUGAAGAACAAUCGUAUGAUGAAGAACCUGAAAGAGCAAAAAGAAAUUUUGACAUUUCCUUUUUAUUAUUGAAAGAUAAUAAACGAUGGCAGAAAUAAAUCGCUGCGUCAAUUCUGACGAAAAUAGCAAUUCAUACAGUCAAGAGAAUACAAACGUGUUAAUAUAGAAAUAUAUUUGAAAUAAGUUUAUUUAUUUUCUUUUGCAAAGAAAUUUUGUAAACUAAUUUAUUUUAUAUGAAUAAAAGUUAGGUUUGGUACAGUACAUAUAUUCAUCUGUUUGGAAAUUUGUACAUGUGACGUAUUCGAUUGUACGAAACAACACAUUCGUCUUUGCGCGCCAUCAAUUUUACGUGACUGUUUCUAAAAUGAUAAGUAUUAAUUUUUAUAAUUGAAGAAUAGUAGAAGUUUCUGCAAAAACCAAAAUAACAAGAUUCAGGCAAUACACAAAGAACAUCACCAAAACUGGAUUUUAUAUGAUAUUUAAUCGAAUACAUACAAAUGCAUUACGACUCAACGAUUCAUUCUUCAGUAUAUUGCAGUGUUUCCCAACCUUUUUGGAUUAGCGACACACUUUGAAUUUAACAAAUUUAACAAGCAAUGUAAUUUUUAAAACAAAAAUGUUUAAAAUUUAAAAUAUAUUACGGUUGAUUUGUAAAAAUUUUGAUAAUAGGUUAAACUUACGAAAACAAAAACUCAUAAUUUUACAAAUAUUCUAUAGAAAUAAAAAUACUAUUUGAAUAAAUGCAUAAAAAGGAUCGGUCUUUAGACUGGUAAGCCGCAACGUUUAUAGAAGCUCCAAAGAGUUUGUACGAUACAAGUUGGAAAACACUGGUAUAC